AGUCGGCUCUUGUAUGGGUCUCAUGCUCCCCCUACCCCCCAAAAAUCCGGUAUAACUUCAUCUCCAAAUCAACAUUACACCUCCAUGAUCGGUUGAUGCAGUCCCCAUCUUCACUUCUAUAUUGUGUAUUAGUGUUGUGUUGCAUUUCUCAUGAGAACGUUGUUCCUGUAUGCUGAUGCUUUCGAGUGGAAAUUUGCUUUCUAAUAAUUCUAAGGGUAUGUGUAAAUGUCGAACCUUUUACGCUUCACAUUGACAUUGAGUAUGUUCCGUUUUCUCUCCUCAAUGUCGACAAAACGAUGUUUUCUGAAACAUUGCCUUUCCGUCGUUGUUGUUUUUGUUUUCCUGUUUCCAUGUAGCAUCGACCCUGCAAAAGCUGCCCUUCUCACCCAUCACACCAACCAGGAAGACCGGGUUUGGAUCGAAUCCAGGCAGAAGUGUAAGGAUUACUACAACGCGUCAGUGGAUGAAGAAGAGCGACUCGACGAUCAUGAUGCUGCACAGCAUCAUGACAAAGCGAGCGAUGACGGUUUGGGAAGCGGCGGCGAAGAAAACUCCGACGAAGCAGCGAAAGUCGUGAAUCCGGCCGCCCCUGGCCAACCGUGGCCUCCACGCAGCCGACUUACAAGAAGAAACCCAAUAGUGGAGGAGAACUGCAACCUGCACUACCGAGACGGCGCCCGGGACUCCCGCCACUGGGACGUUAAUGCGGCGGGAGAUCCCUUUAUCCAAGGUUUCGCGCGGCCAUUUUCGGUGCAGUAUGGCACGCAAAACAAAUCCACAGUCCUGCUCCUGUCACGCCUAUGUUCUCCGAAGAUCGUAUGUAUGAAGUCGAUGCGCAGUCCCUACGUACAACGCGGAUGUGUAGAAAUAGUAAACUCAGAUGCAGUUCUCUGUGGUUUCCUCGUCCAACGGUACGUAGAACCUGGUUGCUGUGAAGCCUUCAAGGGCUCUUUUCACCACGGUUUACGUGAUGAGCCUCGAACUCAGCAUACUAAAGUGACAAAGAAGACUGUGAAUUUGUUCGGUUCCAUUCCCCGCCUGGCACCACCGUCGAGUUCCGGGUUCGCACCAUUUCCAAGAAAUACCGCGUCGACAUCUACCGACUCGGAUUUUACGGCGGCAAAGGUGCGAGAUUGGUGCACUCCAUCCCAGCUGACGAGGUGUCGGAAUCCGGGUUGCUUGCAUCGGACAGAAACGCGAGUGGGAAAGACACCGACCAAGACAAAUCUUCCGAGACGAAUGCAGAGGACAAAGUUGCGCCCAGUUCUGGGUUACAGGAUGAAGACGCAGGAAAGAAAAAGGCAAGAUCUCCCAAGACAGUCCACAGCGAGUACAACCAACCGGACUGUGCUGUGCGCCACAAACCGACACGCCUCGUGGACUGCAGGAACUGGCACGUAAAUGCGAAAUGGGACAUCCCGGUUGGAACAAGCAAAACGAAGACCACGCAGGAGGUAAAAAGAUCCUCUUCCGCACAACUCAAGGGGCAGGACGCAGACCGCUCUGGGAAAGGACCAAAAGCCGCCGCAACAACGCUACCAAACAUCGUCUCCGGUGUCUACAUUGCUCGGUUCGUCCGGGAAGAUGCGGAAUCUAUGCCGUGGACAACGACCUGGCGGACAGACGCGAGUCUGAAAAAUGCGAACGGCUUGUACGGAAACGUGGACUUUGACCUGCGGAAAGUGGUCGGAAAGACGAAGGAUCUUCCCGCGGAAAAGAUUGUAGGUCUUGCUAAAGAUGCACAUCUAGCAGAGGAUGACGAGGAAGCAAACGACAGUGCUACAUUUGCUUCUGACAACGUUCUAACCGACCACGCCCUCGGGUUGCAGUUGAUGCGGGAUUAUAGGAAAAAGUUGCAAAGAAGAGAUGUUGACGAUGCCAGCGCAUCAGCCUCUGAAGAGGACGGCAAUUUUUCCAGAAGUGCGAAGAAUCUUUAUCUUCCCCCGACAACGCCAAGCCUGCUAGAGACCGCUUUACACGAGCCGUACGCGAGUCUGGCGUAUUUCGUCGUCCGCACGGCGGACGAGGACGAUAGCCACGAGCUCUACGAUCUCGUAUUUCAGACGAGUGAUACCACCUGGCUGGCGUAUAACGUAUACGAUAGUCCCAAUACCUACGGCCGCACGCCGCAGUUCAACUGUCCCCACCACAAUUUUACCACCUGGUGGAAGACGCCGGACGACUUUUUAUGAAUCUUCGCAAAAAAAUGUCGUAUCUCGUGCUGUAGUGAUGAAUGAACAUCGCGGCAUGACCUCAAAAUGAUAAAAAAGUCAGUGUAAAGUUUGUAAUCCUGCUUGAUGAGGUAAGGCUUUGUGUCUGUCAUGCAAGGUUUCAGGCUCUGCGAGUGCGAUAUUUUUGCGCAUCUUCAGCAUAUUUUCUCGGGUACGCCAAAUCCCCGUUCGGCGACGACAUCAAAAUGUCGGACAAGGAAAGUCAGCAGCGAUCAUCUUCUCCUGUCAACAACAGCCCUUCUGCUGGUGGAAGUGGAACCUUGACAUCAACUGCUUCUCCCUCUGCAUCUUCUUCUAGCAUACUGACCUCCGGCACGAAGAAAAACCCGCUGGAGCUGACCGCGCACGACUACCGCGCGCUGCGGAAGUCCUACAACACGCCACUGAUCACCAGAGACGUGUCCCUCUACAACUCCGUAUUCUCCUCAGAAUACCCCAUGAUCCGGUUUCUCGAGGCCCAGGGGUACGCGGUCACCUACGUGUCCGGCCUGGAUACGCACCUGGGCGGCCGCGGGUUUGGGCGAUUUGCAGCGGCCGGGAGGAUGCCAUCCACCUCGCGCGGCGAACAAGGCGAUCACACUCACAACGGGGAAGAUGACUAUGUUGAUAAAGGCAAUGCAAAAUCAGUUGUAACAACCGGACGUGCCUUGCCUACCGUGGGAAAAAUCUUCCUGUCUGUCGGACACGACGAGUACUGGAGUAGGCAGCAGAGACAAACCGUGGAACGGUUGACGGCGGGAGUCCAAGAAACUACAGCUCAAGUCCGUGAUAAUACAAGUGAUGAAUCUAGUUCUAGGGGCAAAGGCCAAAAUACAAAUGACACUGUUCGACAUCAAAACAAGAAGAACGUCGUCUGGCACCUGGGUUUUUUCAGCGGCAACAACGUUUUCUGGACUCACGCGUGGGAAAAGAGCUCGAAGUACUACAAAAGCAUGCCUAGAAAUUCCUACGAUCAAGCUGGUAGAGAGGCUGAACCGAUCCACAGCACGGCGGGGGAAGACGACGGCGACGACGAUCUGGAUAUUUUGGUCAUCGAGAAAGAAUCCCAGAUGUCCAAGGAGGAGUUUGCGUCGCUAAAAUUUUCAUCGGCCUCUGAUGCAGCGAAACGAGAGGUGGAUGCAAGCGACGACCAUAUUAAGAAUACCGCAGCCUCCAGCACAAAGUCGCCAUCGCCAACUACUAGCUCUACAACUUCUAAAGCAACAAAGCCCUGGACAGGUUCGUUUCGCGAUCCACGCCAGCCAGAUGGGCCGUAUCCGGAAAACGCGCUAACUGGCCUGUCGACGGCUGCGAACGCGCUGCGCAACGACCCCCUCGAGGUACCGGUGGAGAAAUUUGGGCUGCAUGCGUUCUGGCGAGGGACCGAAAUCGCGGAGCUUGCGAUGAAGUUUGAUAAGCGGGAAGGAGCCAUUGUUUCUAGUUCCGCACCUUCAAAGAAACUUGAUAAAUCAGCGAGCAGCUCCUCCGAUGCAAGAAGGAGAAGCAACCCCGCUGGUCUGAUAGCCACCGUUCCUUUGAAGGGGAUUCUGGGCCACGAGUGGGAUGUAGACGUCGACAACGGCCACCGGCCUCCCGGGUUAGUGUACUUAUCCGAAACCAAAAUCCACAAUGUUCACACUUUGCUGGACUACGGUGGCAUUUUAGACUCGACCACCCUCACGCACACCAUGACGCUGCACAGAAAGCAACACAGGGCGUGGAACGAUACUGCAAUGGACCACGGAGCUAGAAAUUCCUCAUCGCCCCCACCCUCAACUUCAUCCCUCAUAUUCGCCGCGGGUACGUGUCAGUACUCCUGGGCCCUGGACAGUUUUCACGACCGCGUUACCGGCACCCGGGGCUGGGAGAAUGAGCAGAGCACGCGGGUGAGCCGCGAUUUGGCAGCCGGCGUGACGGGUGAGCGAAAUUUGCAGCAAGCGGUCGUAAAUUUGUUUGCGGACAUGGGGGACGUGCAGCCGGGAACUUUGUUGACAGAGAGCUACGAAGGCCUGAGACUAGCGGUACCGGCAGACAGAACAAGAGAAAAAAGAACCUCGGACGAGAAGACAGCAGAAGUUCCUGCGUACGAGAUUGUCUUGGACAGGGUAAUGGAUGAAGUUCCUUCGAGCGAUGGCCAAAACAAAUCUACUACCUCUGCUGAACCAGUCGUCGCGACGGAUAAACUGAGCGACAAGAUCGAUGAAUCGGAUCAGUAUCUGACCCUCACAUUCACGUUGCGAAAGGCCACACAAGAUUUUUCGUCACAGCGAGCUGAACUCCGAACAGUAACCAGCGACACCACCGCGGGUGAAGAAAGUCAUCCUAUCCUGGGCGCAAUCGAACUGCGCUACCGGUAUUCCGAGGACGGGAAGCGAAGGCUUUUUUUCGACAACAACAGACGACACCGGCUGGAGUAUCACGAAAGGUGGCGAAAGACGGAGAAUAGGGGUAGGAAUUUUUUCGUCUAUCACCUAAAAUCGACGGACUUGUCUUCGUUGGAACAGGGGUUCCUAGAAGCGAUAGUUGUGCAAGGGUAUGACGAUCUAGGAUAUUCGGUUGGAAACGAAAAAGUUUUCACAAGAGCCGACCUGGUAACAAGAACAGGAAGUGAAGAAAGCGGAAAAUUACAGAAUCUGCACCGCCAUGAAGAGGACGAGGAGAUGAGAACAAGGGCGGAGCUGUAGAAGAUGCUUGGCGUGCUGGAUUGAUGAUUGCUCAGCUACUACACUUACAUGAUCCGUCGUCCUCGUCGUCAUAUUAGCGACAAUACCGCUGACGCCAGCGUUGACGCUGAGAGGCAGUUGCUCCUGCUUCCUUUCUCUGCAAGUGAAACGCCUCGUAUAGAGGCGCUCCUCUUCAAUUUCGGAGCCACCUACGUGUAUGUGAGAAGCCGUCUUUCCUGCAGGUUAGGUGAAGAGGAUGCUGAUGUACGGCAAGUGAAAAAUGCAAAUGGUGUUUUACCCCAUCGACAUGCACGCACGCGCAUUGUUAGUUUGCGACGUCGCUCUCGAAACGCGAUCAUACCUUUCCCAAUUAUGCAGCCAUUUGAGGCUGUAGAGGCGGAAUCAAAAUUACCGUAUGUUUUCGACG